AUCAAGGAGUUGAUGAAGGGCAGCGGCGCCAAUGAUGCGGACUCGGAGGCCGCGCGCUCACAGCGAGGAGGACGCCCUGCCCGCAGCAUCCCCGAUUGCCCUGACUCAUCGGAUGACGAGGGUGCCAGCCAGGCGCCGCGCAUCGGGACGCAGCCCGAUCGCCGUGCCGAUCAUGGGCAGCCCCCUGUCGAGCAGCAGGACGCCAGCCGCCGCGAGUUCGAGCCCGACGAGUCGCAGCCGCGUGACAGGUGCCCUGAUUGGUCGGAGGAGAGCCUUGGCAGCGGGUUGUCGGCUUGCGUGGGCGUGGACGCAAAGGGAUAUCGCAUGUUUGCCACAAUUGAGACCGCUGGCUCGAUGAUGCCCGAUGAGGUGGGCUACCUGACGAUGUGGUACAGGCCGAAGGGGUGCUUCGUCAAGGUCAUGCGCCCGCGCGCGUGGAUGACCGUGGACCCCGACACCUCCCCUGCCGCAGCGGCGCCUGCCGCAGCGGGUGCCGCACUGGCGCCUCCUGCCGCUGCGGCGUCUGCAGCAGCGGCGCCUGCCGCAGCGGCGCCUGCCAGCCGCGCCCGUGGCGGCCCAGCACCGUGCGAGGAGAUUAUCUCUCAGGAGGCAGCGAGACUCGAGGAGGAGAUUCAAGCAGUGAACAUGGGGGGCGAGUCAGCCGACGCUGCGAGCUUGGAGAACAUGCUUCUACAGAUGAUGGACCAGAAGAUCAGCGGAGUCGACGAGGCCGACGACGAUGACGACAAGGACGAGAGGGAUGACAAGAAGGACACCGUUCUCAAGGUCGACUCAGUCUUGGAGGCUUGCAGAGGCGCGGGCUUCCAGUUCAAAGCCAAAUCCCCGAUGUACAAGAGGUACGAACGGUACCUUGAAGCAAACCCAGCUGAGUAUGACAAAUACAGCAAAGCCAACAGGAAGGAUAAAGAAGUCAUGCGCUCCCAGUGGGCUGAAGACGAGUACAAUGAUUACAGCAAGUGGCGGGCCAAGUCCAACAAGUACAGGAACACCGACCGCGUCCUCGGCAGGCUCAUGAAUUUGGACCAGCUUAUUGUUGCAGAAGGGGGUCGCUGCAGCAAAACAGCAGUCCAAGGAGCUCUGGAGACGGCGAGAUGGUGCAUCAAGAGAGGCGCCCCAUACAUCAAGCUGAACAAGCGCAGCAAACGUAUGAUGUUCCGUCACAUCACCGAGGAGAACGACGAGCAGAAUACGACGGAGUGGAAGAGUGUCGAGGAGGAGAGGGGCCACAGGAGGGACAGAGCUGAGGCGGCUAAUGCACUUGAGACGCCUGCCAAGCGCCCCAGGCUCGACGGCGCUUCGGCAGGCGCUGCAGCCAGCGGCGGCGAGCCCAAGGGGGAGUCCCCCGAGCCCGCGACUGAGCCGCCCGCCACCCCUACUGGCCAGCCCUCGGGGAAGGCGACUGGCAAGGGCAAGGGGAAGGAGGGCAAGGGAAAGGGCAAGGCGAAGGCGAAGGCGAAGUCGAGGGCGGCCCAGGGCAACUCCCCGAACAAGGAUUUCGAGAAGGAGGCCAAGGUGAUCCUCCAGGAGUACAGGACCUGCCUGUUCCAGGGGCGGGAGAUCCUCCUCAAGAUGGAUCGCGAGGGCGAGAAGAAGGGCUGGGCCAUGAUGAAGCCGUUCUCUGACGGCCUCGAUCUGGCCAUCACCGCGGCCGCAGAGGCCGCAGGCAAGAUCCCGCUGUUCGAUCGCAUCCUCACCGAGGGCUUCCAGGAGGUGAAAGGCCAGGUCAGCGAGCAGGAGUGGUCCCAGGGGAUGAAGGAUAUCGCUGCGUUCAAGCCGACAGUCGCGGAGGUUUACAACGAGAGCCAACGUAUGUUAGACCUGCGCAAGAAGGCCCUGCCCAAGAAAUCGGCCUCGGGCGCUUGA